AUGCAGCAUUAUACUAAACCUCUGGACAUCAGGUACGAUGCCAAACCGCAAAGCUUCAAAAUUUCCGAACCGUCCCACAAAGUUCCAAUGAGUUGCAUGUUCCUGUGCCGGUUUGAUGUUAGAAAAGGCAAUGAGCUUGUAUGGUCCCAAACGUCACCUUCUUCGCCAAAUAUAGCAUUGAAAAACCUGGAAUUCAAAACCAUACCCUCUGGAAUACAUGAGACGCAAAAAGACUUGGUUCAUUUCGUUAUUCCCAAGCUAAAGUCAUUUGACGAUGUGUACUACGGUGUCUCUUGCUUUGAGCAGAAUGCACUCGCCCUAAGCGAAAACUCGGAUCAGCUGGACCGAAGCAAGGUAUUGAUGUACUCGCUCGGCGUUAUUGUGGAUGCCAAUUUUAGGUACAAGGGCGUAUCCAAGUCGAAAUACUACGACUGGAAACCAAACCAAUUUAUUAGCGCAACUGAAUACAUCAGUGACAUUCAGGACCUUUUAAGCCAUUGGCUUCAAAAAGUCGCACUUUCUCCCGAAAAACCUCAAGACUAUGAGCUUUUCGAAACGUACUUCGAGUCUAACUGCUUGAAGCCCGAAACAGCAACGCUGUCGUCGCCCGUUCUUCGGCGUUCCUGGCAAAAUUCGGCAACUUUCACAGGCUCGCCAAGAGCACUGCAGGACAAACACCCUCACAUGAUUGAGUCGCUCAUGCAGUGGUUCAGCUUUCUCGGCCCUCUUAUUUUCCCGCUGUGGAAAGCGUCCUUACUGCGACAGAGAGUGCUAAUAAUUGUUGGCGACGGCGUAUCAUUUGAGAAAUGUAAUGCACUGGUGUAUUGUUUGUCAAUUUUGUCCUUAUUCCCUCAUGGCACUGCUAAUCUUACCCAUGAACAACCCUUGCAGCCGCUUUACACUAUUGGAAUAACCGAUGUAGAGGCAUUAACACAGCAUAUCUCUGAAGCCAUUGCAAGUCAAAAUGAGAGUUACGAAAUCCCCGGUUUUGUCGCCUGUACCGGAGAUACCAUUUUGGAAGACCGUCCUGAGCUCUACGACAUUUGUUUGAGGAUCAAUAACGAAGAUCUAAUUCCUCAGAUUAAAACUAACGAUGGAAGUUCCUACAAAGCAACCCCACAUGAACUUGAGCUUUACGAAAAGCUUGUGCCUGUUCACCUAGGGUACGAGCUGUCGCAUGACGAGAAGGAAAAAAUAUGUAAACUCGUGGAGCCCACGACGUGGUCGCAGUACUUGAUUGACGGGUUUUAUUGGUGGGCGACGGCUGGUUAUAUGAAACCAUCUUAUCACGAAGCAGACGAAGAUCUAAUGACGGAUUCGGAGCGCGAUAACAUUGAAAUCGUGCUGUCGCUGGUCGGUUACUUCCACGAAAGAAUAUCGACACUCCACCACUCUAUGAAAGACGCCGUGCAAUCGAGUGAGGAGGGCAACGUAACAGUUUCGCCUGUGUUUUUGUCUGCAAAUUCACUUGACUGUUUUAGUCAAAGAGAUUACGACUUCAUCCACUUCAUUUGCCGGAGAUGGUUCAAUAGAACGCUGCAGGUGCAGAGCAUAGACUGCAAACUAUUAUGUUGA